UCCAGAGGUUUGAUAAAAAUUGGUGACUCAGGGAAUUAUUUACCGGCGCUGCCCAACUUUGCGGUGACGGAUUCGGGCCACAAAGUCCCGGCGGUCGCCGGAUCCGUCUCAGUCGCCGCUCCGGGAUCGGCCGAGGAUGGAGUUGGGUGGCAGCAUCUUCAUCUUCAUCCUCCUCCUCCUCUUCGUCCCCUCGGAGGCUCUGCCAGCCCCCUGCACCAACGGUGGCACCGCGGUGGGCUCCGGCUGCGUUUGUCCCCCCGGCCACUCCGGCCACCGCUGCGAGACCCCCGACCCCACCAGCGCCUGUCACAACGGUGGCACCGCCGUGGGGACCUCCUGCUACUGCCCCCCGGGGUUUGGGGGACCCCGGUGCCAGCGGCGCGACCCCACCAGCGCCUGUCACAACGGGGCCACCGCCUUCGGGACAAUGUGCGUGUGCCCACCGGGGUUCCGUGGGGACACCUGCCAGGAGAUGGAGGAGCUCGGGCCGUGCCUCAAUGGUGGCAUUUUGGAGAAGGGGACAUGCCGGUGUCCCACCACGGCGUGGGGACCGCGGUGCGAGUGCACCAGCACAGGUCCCACCACGGUCAUGGAGAAGGUGUACGUUGGUGACACGGUGGGGAUCAACGACACGGUGAUGGUCACCACCGCUGGAGGUGGCACCACGGAGGUCACCACCGCUGGAGGUGGCACCAUGGAUGUGGCAUCGAGGAACAUCACGGGCAGACCCAAGGUGGGCAGUGCCACCAGAGUGGGACGUGGUGCUGUGGAUGCCACCACCAAUGGUGGCAGCGUGGGAAGGAACGUCACUGUCACCGCUGUGGGCGGUGACACCACGGUCACUCAUGGAGUGGCCGGCACUGACCAUGACGUGGUCACCAUCAUGGAGAGGGACAAAGCGGUCAGUGCCACCGCGGUCACUCAUGGGAUGGUUGGCACCAACCAUGAUGUGGUGACCAUCAUGGAGAGGGACACAGAGGUCACCACCACCAUGGUCAGCCAUGGGGUGGUCGGCACCAACCAUGACAUGGUCACCAGCAUGGAGGAGGACACAGAGGUCACUGCCACCACGGUCAGCCAUGGGGUGGUCGGCACUGACCAUGACGUGGUGACCAUCAUGGAGGAGGACACAGAGGUCACUUCCACCACCGCGGUCACUCACGGGGUGGAUGGCACCGACCAUGACGUGGUGACCAUCACCAAGAGGGACACAGAGGUCGGUGCCACCAUGGUCACUCACGGGGUGGAUGGCACCGACCAUGAUGUGGUCACCAUCAUGGAGAGGGACACAGAGGUCACUCAUGGGGUGGCCAGCACUGACCAUGACGUGGUCACCAUCACUGAGGGGGACACAGAGGUCAGUGCCACCACGGUCACUCAUGGGGUGGAUGGCACCAACCAUGACGUGGUGACCAUCACCAAGAGGGACACAGAGGUCACUGCCACCGCGGUCACUCAUGGGAUGGUUGGCACUGACCAUGACGUGGUGACCAUCACCAAGAGGGACACAGAGGUCAAUGCCGGCACUGACCAUGACGUGGUCACCAUCACAGAGAGGGCCACCAGGGUCAGGGGAAGUGUCCCCAUGGCCACCACCACGCCGAUGCUGCCGGCGCGCCGGGUGAGAAACGUCACGGCCUCGCCCACGAGGAGCCACGCCAGGGCCACCACCAUGGAGGGGGAGACCACAGCUGUGGAAGGUGACACCGCGGUCACUCGGUCAGACCUCCUGGAAGGUGACACCACGGCCAUGGAUGGUGACACCACGGCCAUGGAUGGUGACACCACGGUCAUGGAUGGUGACACUGAGGCCACCCCCAUGGAAGGUGACACCGAGGCCACACCAGUGGCCACCAUGGUAAGUGACACCAGGGCCACCACUGUGGAAAGUGCCACCGUGAUGGUGCCACCAGGACACCUGGGAAGCCACAGCAGGGCCACCACCAGGGCAAGGAACACCACGGCCGUGGGGAACAACAGCAGGGCCACCACCUUGAGAGGUGACACCGGUGUGACCACCAUGGAGGGCAGCACCAGGGACGUGGAGAACCAGACCUGGGCCACCACCCUGGAAAGUGACACCAGGGCCACCACCCUGGAAAGUGACACCAGGGCCACCACCCUGGAGAGCCACACCCCGUCCACCUUCUCCGUCACCCCUGCUGAGGUCACCUCAACGCCAGCCCCACCCAAUGCCACCAACACCAUCCUGGAUGUCACCGAGAUCUCGCCCAACACCACCAAAGCCACCGGGGCACUGGCCAACGUCUCCGCUGGGACCACCGGGGACUUCUUCAGCAGCUCCACUGCCCCCACCAUGGCCACCAUCUGCCUCUACCUCCCACAUGGCGACAGACCCCCGGCCGUCGUGUGCCGCAACGGCGGCGUGGCCAACCGGACCCUCUGCCUGUGUCCCCCCGGCUACUCCGGCCCCACCUGCGAGACCCCCGACCCCACCGACCUCUGCGCCGGCGGCAGCACCGCCGUGGGCCACCGCUGCGUGUGUCCCCCCGGCCGGACGGGACCUCGCUGUGCCACCCCCGACCCGGCCACCGCCUGUCGGCACGGCGGCACCGCCGUGGGCACCGAGUGCUACUGUCCCCACGGCUUCUCCGGACCCCGCUGUGAAGACCCCAGACCCACCACCACCACCCCCACCACGAGGACGCAGCGCUGGACCGGAGCCACGCACCGAAGCACCAGGAGAACCACCACCACCACCACCACCGUGCCCACCACCAGAGACCCGUGCCUGAACGGGGGGUUCUGGAUGGGCACGGCGUGUCUGUGUCCCCCCAACAUGGACGGUCCCCGCUGCGAGUUCGGUGCCACCACCAUCAACCUGACGGCAGAGUUGGGUCCCUCCGUGACGAUGAUGGCGCGUGUCACCAACCGGGACUUCUCGGAGGACAUGAGGGACGCCGCGUCCCCCGGCCACCGGCGCUUCGCCGAGGAGUUCAGCCGGACGAUGGACGGGAUCUACCGGAACGUGUCCGGCUACCGCGGGAUCAACGUCCUGAGCCUGAGCCGCGGCAGCGUCGUGGUGAAUUACCGCGUCCAUCUGCGGCCCCUGCCCGGCACCGCCAGCCUGGAGCGCCGAGCCCUGGAGCUGCUGGCGGUGGCCAACGCCGCGUCCCAACCCCACAACUGCAGCACCUCGGCCGGUAGGUGA